AUGGAAAUCACCCCCCACACACACCACGUGGCUCGAGUCCAGAAAAAACGAGGUCUAGUCUGGAACGUGGGUCGAGUCCGGAACAAGGGUCGAGUCGGGACCGGGAACAAGGGUUGGGUCGGGAAUGGGAACAAGGGUCCACUCGAGAAGGGGAACGAGGGUCCAGUCGAGAAGGGGAACAAGGGUUGGGUCGGGAACGGGAACGAGGGUCGAGUCCAGAAGGGGAACAAGGGUCGAGAACAAGGGCCAAGUCCAAUCCGUCCGCACUCCAGCACCCAACGACCAGAAGAUGAACGGUCAAGAGCCUCGAGUCUGUCUCAAGAAGACCGCGCACCAGGAAGUGAGCAACCCCAAUCUAGACAGGCAGGGAUCGUGGAAAAACCCAGUCGCAAUGAAACUGGCGACCAAACUGGCAUCCGUGAGGACGACUUAGGUGACCAUCCAGAACAACAAGAAGAAGUGUUGCAAAACACGGGUGGCUCAACUGGGUCAUCGUCGAAUCAGGAACAAAACAACAUGAGGCAAGACUCGAAGCACUUGCUGUUUCAAAUGAGUCAACAUGAGCUGGUCAACGCUCCUGGCUUUCUCGAGCCAAAGUUUUGCAACCCCCCAGACCCAGACACGGCCUCACACAUCAACAUAGGUGCUCCUGAACCCAUCUUUGAUGACUUCUACUUGGUCAUCGACGCACUUGUCCAUCCUAACCCCAAACUCUGCCGCGAACUGGUUGUCUUGUUGCUCGAGUCAGUCCAUGUGGUUGGAACCUCAGCUCUCCUACCUGUCAAACCAUCCACCAAAAACAUCCUCGAGCCUGGUCCAAUGUAUCUCGAAAUCACCAUGGUCAAGUAUCUAGUUGCCAUGCUCAACCAGACCUCUUCUCAAGCUCCUGAUCCUGCCGCAAAAGUCUCAACCGCAAUGGUCCAGCUCAACACCUUGACCAAAACAAUUUAUCAGCUCCUCAUUGCCCGCCUCAUUCUAUCGAGUCAAGCAAAGUGUGCAUUGGAAUACCACAAGAAACUCCUCGACGCCAGCACAGACCGUGAUAAACAAGUCAUCAAAUCUCAGUUCAACACCGCCCAUCAACGCUUGUUUGCUGCCCUUAAACCAAUACGUGAAGAAGGCUUUAGCUAUGCCCCUUUGGCUGGUUUCCUGGCGAGUGGAAUACGUGGCUUGAUCACCAUAAUCAAGGAUCGUCGAAAAAUCAGCAAUUCUAUGUCUUGGUCCUUCAUCCUAGCCACCCAUGCCAUUCAUACCCAGGAGCAGCAGGCCACUCAAUCAACCCGCCAGAUCAAAGAGCAAGUCUGGCCCCGCCUCAAUGCGUACAUCCUCCACUUGAUGGCCCAAUUGGAAUGCCCAGCAUAG